AUGAUAGGGGCAGUAGGCUUAACGCAUGUUUGGAUGUGGUGCUGUUGUGUUUUGCUCAGAAACGAGCCGUACUUGUGUAGCAUGGAUGAUAAUUCAAAGCCUAGCUUGGCAGAUGUGGUUGAUCUGGACGUGCUUUGUGUUAGUAGCACACAUCGCAGUGUUACUGUAAUAGAGGAAAGACUAGCCACCUGGCUCGAAAUCCUAACAAUGACCACCCAGAAUCUAGACCCAAUCUUGACAGAGUGCCACAGCCUAGACAACUCCACAGGCUGGAUUCUUAGGUUGGGUCCGAAGACGUUUUGGUCAAACCAAGGGUUUAACAAAGACAUCUGUGCUCUGAGAACGUGUCCUUCUUUGCCAGGAUAUACCAGCUACAAGCAGUGUUUAGAGGACUUAAAGCCGCUACAAAAGAUCGUUGGCCCGAACCCGAUGUAUAUUUCCGGAACCGCAAUUAAGAAUGAAACGCUCGAUUUACUUGAGUUGCUAUUGUUUCUACUGCGGAUUAUGAACGUCCCAAGCAUCGAAAUAAACUGGAUUGACAUAGACCUUGCACCGCCUCCUCCAAACACAGUGGACAGACUUGCGUACCUACUAGAAGACAUUCCAACCUCAAUGCUAACCCGACCUAUUAUGCUUCAGCUGCAUUGGGCACUAACCCAACGCGAGCUUUGGGCGGCAUUCAUUAAUUUAACCAAACCGCACUAUCCUAUUCAGGUGAACUGGUUAGGGUGUUUGGACACCAAUCCAAAUACCAACCCAAUCACUACUAACCCCAAUCAAUAA